AUGGACCGCAUCGAAAAUAUCGCCUCUUCGCCCGCUUCUAACACUACCCGCAAGCGUCGCAAACGUCGCGAGCGUCCACGUCAACCUUUGCACGAUUCGUUGCUAAAUUCUCCCAACAGUCAAGGUGCGGCAAAUCGAAGAGCAGCAGGCCGACGGCCAGCUUCAACGGUACAACAGGCAGAUCUCUCCGACAACGAUGAAGAUGACAGCCAUUCAUUGGGCUCCGAGGAGGAGAAGGACGUUCUCGAGGAGGAGAACGAAGACCUUCUAGAAAACCCUGACCAGGAUAUGACUGAGAGUGACAAGGCCUUCUACAGCAAGCUCAUCAUGGGCAUUUAUGGUGAAGAAAAGGCUCGCAACUUGAUCAAGCCCAAGUGUCCCCAAGCUCUUGAUAUUGUCAUGCGACACCAUCACUACUGUGAUCCAGCUGGUGCAUACUUGGACGAUUUACAACCACACCGUUGCCGCCGUCAAAACGGUGGUGUCUACGGACUUUUUGACGCUGAUGGCAACAUCGAGAAGGUUGGAUCUACACGCAUCUUUGUUGAACGAAGAGACAACCAUUACUUGAAGAACGGAGGCAUCAGCGACCCCGAUCAGUUUUUCGUGCUGGUGGACAUGGACGACAUGUGCGAAAGUGCUAAUAAGGAAUUUGAAGAACUCUACCGUGACAUCCUCUGCACGUUGGCCACUGCUCCAGAGCUCCACCAAUUCCGGCGUUUCUGGUUUGGUGAACUGCUAUCUAAGCGAGGUGGUGACCGCAUGGGAUGCAAGAAUCAGAUUUGCCGUCAGUUGUUGGAGUACGCUUUUCAGCUACAUUGGGAUCUUCCAGCCCGUCCAGUGUUGUUUCUCAUGUUUGAAGGUUCCAUUUGCGAUGAACUCUUCAGGAUGGCGCGUGAAGGAGGCGAGCGAAUUGUUGACGAGUGCUGCAAAGUUCUUUUGGACUACAGUGCAGAAUCAACCGACAAGAGUGAGCGCCAUUGCCAUGCCACGUCCAGCUGGAAACCGGCCCAUGAUCAGUUGUCCAGCAUGAUCGUGACUACCCAAUGCACUUUGGCGGACGAGGAAUACAAGAACAACUGGUCUAACACCAUUCCUGAGCCUGCCAUUCCCAAUGCCAAAACUCGGAAAGAAAUCUUCUCCACAGCCUACAGUGCCAAGACCAAGGCAAAGGGACGCGACCGUCUAAGAAAUCAUAUCAAGGCCUUCAAGUGUUCACGGUUUGGAACUCAGCAGGUGGACUCCAAUGACUUGAUCUUUGGUGGGGAUCCCGCUUCAGGCUAUGACGACAUUCAUGACUUUCUAGGAAAUGAGUACAGCUUGGAGAAGGCCCUCAGUCUGCACUCGGAAGAGAUUGUUGUGUACACCAACAAAGGCACGACUCAUGUCCUUCUCAUUCACCGGCCUCUUUGUGUUGCAAGUGACAGCCAGAGUAUGAUUCCCAUGGAGAACCGUCUGCGUCGGUCCAUUACCGCUGCAAUUCUCACGAACGCCCAACGCCAACUACAAGGAAAAGAACCAUUGGGACCUGAUGACUUCUUUGAGAAUCCUAUCUACGCCAUUGUCGCCUUUAUGAUUCACAGGAUUGGCUAUCAUGGUGAUCUUCGAGUGUCUGCUGCAUUCUUUCGGGACGUGGUCACUGACUCCAGUGUCAACGCAUUGACCGAGAACCAGCUUCCCAAGCUCAGCAGCCAGAGUGCGGCGAUCUCCAAACGUCUACGAGACCGACAGAAUCGACAACGGCGCCAGUAG